GUAUCCCGUAAUUUUAUUUUACUCUUUUCGUCAACUUUCUUCGUAAAAUUACCGACAAAGUUAAAACUAAAAGGUAUUAAAGUGAAUAUUUGAUAAACCUAAGUGGAGUAUCCGAAGGUUUUUUGUAUAUAAUUUAAUGAAAUGUUAAUGAAGAAGUUGACGAAAAGAAAAAAAUAAAAUUAUAGGAUACUAAAUUGAUAUACUGUAAAUUACAGGAUAUCAAAGUGGGAAAGGGCAAAAUCAUAGGAAUGAUAUUUGAAGUUUGCCCCAAAUAUUUCACGUGGUCUCGGGUUCAGGUGUUGGUAGGUAAAUCACUUUGCAUAGAUUGUGAAUUCUACACUGAUGGGUUUCAAUUCGAAAGUGCUAUAGUAAUAAUAUCUAUCUAUUUAUUUAUUUAUUUAUUUAUUUUUUGGGUGGAAGGAAACUUGUCUUUGCUAUUCUCACAAACUCACUUGCCAGUGGGUCAAUUAGCUUCAACUGCACUUUGGUAUUCAUAUAUCCUAUCCACUCUUCUUUGCGAUAGUUAGUUAUUUCACGUAUAAUCUGUAAUAUUUAAUAUUUCCUUUAAAAUCGAGUAAAAAUAUGAGAAAAAUUAUUGUAAUUGUACAAUUGCCAUAUUUGUCAUGAUUCUAUUCUUCUUUAUUCUGCUGACUUGGAUAUGAUUGGCGAGAAAUAUAUCUUAUCUAAUAUGAAAAUCGUGGACAGAGAAGACGUUUUCUACUAAAACGGUCACAUAAGGUGGUUUUGGUUAUCCCUAGAAUACAGGGAUAUCUUUAUCCAGAUCACCUACAAUGUUGUAAAUGUCCUAUUCCCCCUCUUCAUUUCCCACAUCGUUAUCCCACAGGUGAAUAAAAUCUCUCACAAUUCGGAACCUGAACCUUACCCACCCAUCAUGCUCUCUCUCUCUCUCUCUCUCUCUCUCUAGCGCGCGCGCGCACACACACACUUGUAAACUAUUAAGUUUAGCAGUGGAUGGCAUGGGCAAAUAAUACCGCAAUUUGAUCAGUAAUACAACAGAGAAGAAACAGCGUGGCCUCCUUGGAUCUGCUACCACCAGAUGAGAACAUAUCAUCAAUUUAGAGCACCCGCCGGGCUCCGGCGGGCUGCGUCGACGCGGCUCAUGUUGGGCCUGCUUAUGAUUUUGGGCCUUCUGGGCCGACUGACCGAAGCCAAGUGCAAGUUUCCGGCCAUCUUCAACUUCGGCGACUCGAACUCCGACACCGGCGGAUUCUGGGCCGCGUUCCCGGCCCAGCCCGGCCCGUUCGGCAUGACCUAUUUCAAGAAGCCGGCGGGCCGGGCCUCCGACGGGAGGCUCGUCAUCGACUUCUUAGCGGAGGCUCUUGGGCUCCCAUUCCUGAGCCCAUAUCUCAAAUCCGUUGGGCCGGAUUUUAGGCAUGGGGCCAAUUUUGCGACAUUGGCUUCUACGGUGCUUCUCCCAAACACGUCGCUUUUUGUCUCCGGAAUAAGCCCCUUUUCGUUGGCGAUUCAGCUUAAUCAAAUCAAGGAUCUCAAAGCUCAAGCACUUAGCUUGAGAUCACAACUUGGGCAUAAUCUUCCUCAUCCCAGUAUCUUCAGUAGUGCACUCUACACCAUAGACAUUGGCCAAAAUGAUUUCACUUCCAACUUAAAAUCUAUAGGCAUUGUGGGAGUCAAGCAAUAUCUCCCUCAAGUGGUCAAUCAAAUCUCUUGGACUAUAAAGGAACUCUACGACAUUGGCGGCCGUAGCUUCAUGGCGUUCAACCUCGCGCCGAUCGGAUGUUACCCUGCAUUUUUGGAGGAGCUCCCACAUGAUACCUGGGACUUGGACAUUUUUGGAUGCAUGGUUUCAUACAACAAAGCUGUGGUGGAUUACAACAACAUGUUGAAUGAGAGCCUCACUCAAAUGAGGGAGAUGCUCCCAAAUGCUUCUAUUGUUUAUGUGGAUACUCACUCCAUCAAGCUUGAACUAUUCCAACAUCCUAAGGAUUAUGGGCUUAAAUAUGGGACUAGAGCUUGUUGUGGAUAUGGUGGGGGAGCCCACAACUUUAACCCAGAUGUUUACUGUGGUAAAACCAAAGUGAUCAUAAAUGGACACAUGGUUAGUUCCACAGCUUGUGAGGACCCACAAAGCUAUGUGAGUUGGGAUGGGAUUCAUGCCACAGAAGCUGCAAAUAAGCUGGUCACACAAGCCAUUCUCAAUGGCUCCUUUUCACACCCCCCUUUCCCUCUCUCUAAGCUUUGUGACCUGCACCCAAUUGGAUAAAUAAGAAUAUUAAGCCUUUUUGUAAAAUUAAA